AUGCAGGCCCUGCGUGAGGGCAAGUGGCGCGGUCAGCCCGCCCCUGUGCUGGGCCACGACCCCGAGGGCAAGGUCCUGGGGAUUUUGGGCAUGGGCGGCAUCGGCCGCAAUCUCAAGAAGAAGGCGGAGGCAUUCGGCAUGCGCGUCAUCUAUCACAACCGGCGGCCGUUGACGGAGGAGCUGUCCGGAGGCGCGCAAUAUGUGACGUUUGAUGAGCUGUUGGCGCAGAGUGAUGUGUUGAGUUUGAAUUUGCCCCUGAAUAAAAACACCCGGCACAUCAUCGGCAAAGCCGAAUUCGACAAGAUGAAGGACGGCGUCGUCGUCGUGAACACCGCCCGUGGCGCCGUCAUGGAUGAGGACGCCCUCGUCAACGCCCUCGACUCCGGAAAGGUCUACUCCGCUGGCCUGGACGUCUUUGAGGAAGAGCCCAAGAUCCACCCCGGACUGGUACGCAAUCCGAAUGUGCUCCUGGUUCCCCAUAUGGGUACAUGGACUGUCGAGACUCAAACCGCCAUGGAGGAAUGGGCUAUCGGCAAUGUGCGUGCGGCGCUGGAGACGGGCAAGCUGAAGAGCCCUGUUCCCGAGCAGGCGGAUCUGUAG